AAGGAGCAUCCCAAGGCCUGGUGGGACAAUACUUCAGAAUUGCUUUGAAGUAGAAGGCUAACCUCUGGCCAUCAACAGUAACAAGAUAACUAUAGAAGCUGGCAGGAACUGCCCAACAUUGUUCUUGAAUAGGAGAUCUCCAGAAAAUAUAUGUAUUUUUUAUGCUGGAUUGGAAAGCUGGAAACUGUACCAGAAGAAGACAAUGGCAAGCAACAUUUGUAAGAAUACAAAGAAAACUGUGAACCUGAAGUCAUCAAAAAUCAAACUCAUCUUGAAAGUAUUUCUCUACAGAAGAUCAACUGAAAAAAACAACAACCAUUUUUUUUGCCCUGGAUUUAGUCUAUCAAAGAUCAACCAGCGAGUGCUGAAAACAGAGAAACUAAGGUAUGAAUGACCUAUCUUACAGAAAAUACCACUGCUCCAGUUACAGAUCUCUGGUUCCUUCCUCCUCUCUUGUUCACUCAAGUUGCCUGUUGUUCUUCUUCAAGGCUAAAGUCCAAGGAAGCUCUUAGCUAAUUACUUGACAAAGAGCUCUUUGUGAUGGGUUCCUCUGGGGAAAUCUGAUUCUCUUCUCCCAUCUGUAGAAGCUGACAAGGAUCUGAAGUGCAGGAGUGUAGGUCUCCAUUCCCUUUCUGUGGACUUUGCAAGUGCACAGCAAGAAUAAUUUCUGCUGCAGGCCUCUUAGAAAUGUAUCUCUUGUUUAUAACUGCUCUUUUCUGUUCGGUUCAUGGGGCUGAUACGUCCAAGAUUUGCCCCCAUCUAUGCUUCUGCUAUGAAUCCUCCAGUUUCGUGGACUGUCACAAUCGGCACUUGGCCCAUGUUCCUCAUGGCAUCCCUCACAGUACAUGGAUGCUGAACUUGAGACACAACAACUUGAGUGGGCUAGAGGUAGGCUGCUUUGAUGCUUUGUGGUCUUUGAAGAUUCUUCUUCUGUCCCACAAUUCCAUUGCAAAGAUUUGGCCCCAAACAUUCAUGUCCCUGAGUUUCCUGGAGAAGAUGGAUCUCAGCCACAACCUGCUUGCUCGCUUACCACAUGACUUCUCAAAUGAGUUGAUUUCCCUGAAGGAUCUCAAGGUGGCCCACAACUAUUUGAUAGCUUUGGGGUUUGAAAGCUUGCAGUAUAUGGAGAACCUCGAGAAGUUGGACUUGAGCCACAAUUUGGUCACUUCGAUUGAGAGAGGAACUUUCCGAGGACUCUCCAGGCUCCGACAUCUCUACCUUCAGUCUAACAGGCUUGCAGUGAUCUAUAAUGGCUUCUUUUUUAUGCUCCAGAACCUGGAAGUUCUUUUGCUUAACAGCAACAACAUCAGUUUCAUUGAGGUAGAAGCUUUCACUUCAUUACACAACAUGAAUUUUCUGGCUUUGACUGGCAACCGGCUCAUCCACCUAAAAUUUAAGACUUUUCUGAAUAUCCAAACAGUCAGCACCCACAUCCAGCUGGCUGGUAACCCAUGGGCCUGCGACUGUGACCUCCAAAGGGUUUUUGGCAAAAUCAUGAGUGUUCGGCAUCUUCAUGUGGAUGAUUAUGAGAACCUCACCUGUUUCAGUCCUUGGCAAUUAGCUGGCUCACCGCUUGUUUCUGUGGACAGUCAGCUGUGCAUGGCAGAGACAGCCACCGUCUUGGUGAUCACAGUUACUGUCCUGGUGACAGUGAUCGCUGCCAUUGUGAUGGCAGAAAGGAACAGGAAGAAGAACCAGGAGAAGAACUGGAAUGAAUUGGAAGGGCCUUUUGACCCACAGGAGAAAUAAGACAAGGACAAGAAAUAGUCUUUUGGUGUUUUUCAAAUGUUGUUUCACUAUAAUGCUUUAAACCUGAUCUAUAAUUCCAAACUCUGCUUGGUUUUUUUUUUUUUUAGUCUCAACUUGGCAUCUUCCAGAUGUGCUAGAAUUGCUUAUGGAUCCAUGGGCAUCCACAGCAGGGACAAGUGAUGUCAUGUGCACUAUGACAUCAUUGCAGAAAUGAUGCAAAUCAUGUAAUUCGCAUCAGUCAUGUUGUGCAUAUUACAUAAUGCUCUUUGUGCUAUCUGUUUAUGUAUUUAUUUGAUUUAUAUUCUGCCUUUCAUUCAAGCUGGCAAAGAUAGUGCUCCCUCCUAUUUUUCCCCACAACAAUAAUCCUAUGCAUUAGAUUGAGCUGAAUGGGAGAACAGCCAGCCGAAAGACACCCCAGAGCAGGGGUGUCAAACUGCCGGUCUACGAGCCAGUUGCAUCAUGCAGAGGCUGCGCCCACCCAGCUCCGGCAAUGCAAAAAAAGUCACAAUAUAUUGCGACACAUCACGUGACGUGGCAAAUUUGACACCUGUACCCUAUAGAGGAUGGCUUUGAAAGGCAGGAGGAAGAUCCUCCACCAAGGCAGCAAUUGGACAAGUGGGGCUUGAGUUCAUUCCCAAAAACUAAUUUGAGAAUACGAACCUCUUUCUGAUUUACAUGAAGAUAAAUGAGAGAGA